AGUCCAAGUCGCCGCUGCCUAUUUCUUUCUUCUUCUCUCUCGCCUCCUCUUUUUCACAAACAGAUGUCUACUCUUCAGCAAUUUUGCCUUCUCAGCCCUCCGGCCACACCUUCCUCCAAGCUUUGCCAGCCGGUUGCCUCGCUUACACGCCACCAUCAUCCAUGGCCUCCUCGCUACUCCGCUAAUCAUACAGGUUCCUGCAAAAGAAAAGCAUCGUCUGCCACGCGUGUGCUAGCUAUCGACCGUAACAACACUGCUGCCGGGAAAAACGGUGGCGAUUCUACAAAUAAAGCUUCUGUUCCCACCUCAAAUUAUGUUGUGCCCUUUGACAAGUAUGCUUCAUCCUCUUGCCUAACGCGCCCUCUAGUCGAGAUCCUAAGAGACCUCAAUAAGAGGAUUCCUGAUAAUAUCAUUAACAAAUCGAACGGUGAUAAGUUCGCUACUUUCAUUCCUUGGUACCAUGCAAACCGAAUGUUGAGCUUCUAUGCUCCAGGUUGGUGUGGUGAAAUUCGUGAUGUCAUUUUCUCGAACAAUGGAAGUGUCACUGUUGUAUACCGUCUCACUGUAAGAGGUUCCGAUGAAGAGGCUUACCGUGAAUGUUCUGGGACAGUCUCUUGUAAUGACACCGAAAUUUCGGAUCAUGUUGGUGCUGCAGAGGAAAUAGCGUUUUGCAGAGCAUGCGCCCGGUUUGGCCUUGGCUUGUAUCUCUACCAUGAAUGAUAGCUAGUAUGGAAGGUCCUGUCCAUUUAACAUAUACAUGGAUGAAAAAGUUUAUUGUUGUUAAAACUAUGGAUCACAUAACAAAGAGGAUGGAGGUUCGUGCAUGUUUAAAGAUUCUUAUACUUGUAAUGAUUGAUUGAUCAUUAUGUUCUUUUAAAUUUGAAGAUAUAAGAGACAUGUUCAAACUUAGGGUUUGAGUGUAACAAGAAUCCUUAUUAAGAUCAGAAAUUCAUAUUUUAAAUAGACAGAAUUCUUAUUUUAGUAAA